AUGGCUUCCAUGAACAACUGGCUAGCCUUCUCUCUUUCCUCGCAAGACCUGCCUAAUUCCUCACAGACCCCUCAUCUCAUCUCCGUGGCCGCGGCCACCGACGUCUCCGGUGAUUGCUACGUCGACGACCCUCCUAUGGGGAUACCCACCCUCCGAAAUGACGACGCCUCCUUCGGUAUCUUGGAGGCGUUCCACCGACCUCAGCAGCAAGCCCCUGACUGGAACCUGAAGAGCUUGGAUUUCAAGGGCGCCGGCGCAUCGUCGGAGCUGUCGAUGCUGGUUGGGUCUAGCAGCAGCUACCAGAACCUGCACGCCGGCAUCCACGAUGACAGCCGGCCCAAACUCGAAGAUUUCCUCGGCGGAAACAGCUCCUUCUCCGAUCACGACCAGAAAGUGCUACCAGAUCAGUACAUGUUCUCCAACGCCUCCUCGUCGUUCCCGGUGCAAGACGCCUCUAUAUUAGCGCAUGACCAUGCAGCCGGGGGCUUGGUCCACGCCGUCCGAUCCUCCCCCAGCAGCAGCAGCAACAACAACAACUCUAUCGGGCUGUCGAUGAUCAAGACGUGGUUAGGCAACCAACCGACCGGCGCCGUCGUCCUCCACCAGCAACACGCCCACAACAGAAGCAAUAACAACCACGAGACGGCGCCGGCGGCCGGAGCUAGCAGUAGUAGCGCGGGCAACGCGAUGAACGCCGCAUAUGGGAACACGCAGGCGCUGUCGUUGUCGAUGAGCACGGGAUCGCAGCCCAACUGCGGCGGUACAAGCCUGCCGCUGCUGCCGACGGCCGCAAUGAGCGGCGCGGGAGGGGGCGAGAGCUCAUGCGCCAACGACAAGCAGAAAGGGGUGGGCGGUGGACAGCUCGAUGCUCAAACUGGUGCAAUCGAGGCGGUUUCAAGGAAGCCAGUCGACACGUUUGGGCAAAGAACUUCCAUUUACCGGGGAGUCACAAGGCAUAGAUGGACAGGUAGAUAUGAAGCUCAUCUAUGGGACAACAGUUGCAAAAGAGAAGGGCAAACACGCAAAGGAAGACAAGUCUAUUUAGGAGGAUAUGACAAAGAAGACAAGGCUGCUAGGGCAUAUGACUUGGCUGCUCUCAAGUAUUGGGGUCCCACUACCACUACAAAUUUCCCAAUAAGCAACUAUGAGAAAGAGUUGGAGGAAAUGAAACACAUGACAAGGCAGGAAUUUGUUGCAUCUCUGAGGAGAAAGAGCAGUGGAUUCUCUAGGGGUGCAUCUAUCUAUCGUGGAGUUACUAGGCAUCACCAGCAUGGAAGAUGGCAAGCAAGGAUAGGAAGAGUAGCAGGAAACAAGGAUCUCUACUUGGGAACUUUCAGCACGCAGGAAGAGGCCGCCGAGGCGUACGAUAUCGCGGCGAUCAAGUUCCGGGGCCUCAACGCGGUGACCAACUUCGACAUGAGCCGCUACGACGUCAAGAGCAUCCUGGAGAGCAACACCCUCCCCAUCGGCGGCGCGGCGAAGCGGCUCAAGGACGUGGCCGCCGCCGGCGACGAGCCUUCGGAAGCCAGCGUCCAUGGCCACUUGAUCCGAGCUGCCGCAGACGACCACCACCAUCACCACCUCCUCGGCCCUAGCGGACACUUCGACACCGGCGGGUAUUGCUGGCCCACCAUCGCCUUUCACCAGCCUCCGCCGGCGGAGCCGGCCCCUCUCGCCCUCCAGUACCACCCCUACCCUCCGCCGCCGCAGCGGGGGUGGUGCAAGCCGGAGCAGGACGCGGCGCACGGCAUGCACGACCUCCAUCAGUUCCACUUGACCAACGCGCACAACUUCUUCCACCACUCAGCGCCGGACAACGCCGUUCUCCACAACUUGGUCGGCUUGGACCCUUCAUCCUCGUCUCUCGAGCCCGGAAAUGGGUCGAACUCGGCGAUCUAUAACGCCGGUGGCUACCAGGGCGGUGGCUACGUGAUGCCGAUGCCCCCGGCGGAUCACCAAGGCAUGGACACCGACGGCAACGCUUAUUAUCUGGCGCAGCACUUAGACACCAAUAACGCCACAUGGAUGUCAGGCCAAGCAACGAUUUCCAGGCCAGCCGCCGGUGGCCAUGGCAUCGCCGGAACUCCACUCUUCAGGGUGUGGAAUAACGAUGCAUGAGGAAUUGAGCACGUACGUCGUACGGGAGUUAGCUAGCACAAUUAAGUUAUUAAUUCCUCUUUCACUGCUCUCAAUUUGGUAGUUUAGGCCGUUUAAUCCUUU